GCAAUUUUUCAUUGUAUAUAGAGUAUCAUCUUAACAACGGAAAAAUGGCGACUACUCAUGAAAGUACAGAUCCAACCCUUCUAUAUCCAACAACCUCCAAAAAAUCCUUACUCGAUAAAGAUUACCAGAAAAACGCCAAACCUGACAAAUCAUGGUCUCACAAGUCUCGCGAUUUCCUACAUUGGAUCUUCACACCUCUUGGCUUUUGCAUCACGAUCUAUGGCCUAAAUGUGAUCGCCUGGGGAGGCAUGCUAUUUCUCUUAAUGUGCAACGCAGCACCAGCAAUGUGCCAUCCAGACUGCAACAGUCUAAACUCAUCACGCCGCAUCUGGAUCGAGAUUGACUCGCAAAUCCUAAAUGCGCUUUUUUGCGUAACCGGCCUUGGGCUGGCUCCGUGGCGCCUUCGAGAUCUCUACUUUUGGGCCCUUUGGCGGCUUGGUUGGUCAGAAAAACGCCAGACAAAAGGGCUUAACCGUCUUGCGCAGAUCCAUGGGAAAUGGUUCUUACUUGAUUGUACGAGUCAGAGUGUGCUGCCCACCAGCACCACGUUGAAGGUCCCUUGCACGCCGCUGUGGAAAAUGGAUGCUGUUGUAUGGGGGAACAUUCUAAAUACUGUUUUCCAAAUCUGUCUGGCGACGUGUAUGUGGGUAAUGAAUCGGUUUAAUCGGCCUAGCUGGACGACUGGCCUGUUUGUGUGUCUGGCUUGUUUGGUAGCUGGAGUUGCUGGUGUCGUGAUGUGGUUGGAGAAGCGUCGCCUCCAGAAAGCUAAUGAACAGUAUAAAGAAACAACGCCGUUGGUUUCACGACCGGGCUCGCUGGAUUCGACGAGUAGUGAGCGGGAACUUGUUCGCCGUGGGGGUUGAACAGGCAACCUUUUGAUACCAAGGAUUUCAGCCUUUUGGGUGCUCUCCUCAUCUGUUCACCUACUUGAUCAUCCUACUCAUCGUAUAAGCCACCCAACUACAGCCCACCCCGCCAUCGCUCUUCAGGCAGCAAAGAGGGAAGGGAAAGAAUAACCAUUGACCAAACCUAAGGUUUUAUUACGGCUGAGCGGACGGGGAGCCCUGUUUUCCAGGUCUAUCUAGCGAUGUGUAUGUGGGCGAUGGACCGAUUCAAUUAGCCAAGUUGGACAACCGGUUUGUUGAUGUGUUUGGCUCUGGUGGUUGGGAGUCAGCAACGCCCAUUUUUAUUACAAGUGCUUAAUGAGAAUUAAUAGAAUCAGAGCUCAGUAUCCAAGCAAAAAUACUAAUAUAAACAAUAAAAUCCGGCAUAUGCAGCC